AUUAGUAAUAUUACUCUGUGGCUGUACCCGUCCCUUUAGUUCUUAAUACUUAUUCGGUCGCGAUCCCGUCACUCCUCACUCCACUUGACAGAUUCGUUCAUUUUGAUCCAUUCAGUUUUCAGUAGCGACCAUCGCAACUCUAAUUACAUUAAUAUCACAAUUAUGAUUAAACUCUAUUCAUUAAAGCAACAUAAAAAAGACGGUGAAACUCCAAAAUCGGGGAAUCAAAAGAAAGCAUCUGCUGCUCAUCUUAGAAUAACAAAAGAUUUAAAUGAACUUACAUUACCGAAAACCUGCACUACUGAAUUUCCUGAUCCGGAUGAUUUAUUAAAUUUUAAAUUGACAAUCUGCCCAGAUGAAGGAUCAUACAAAGGUGGGAAAUUCAAUUUUAGUUUUAARGUUGGAGUCAACUAUCCGCAUGAACCACCUAAAGUAAAAUGUGAAACAACAGUUUACCAUCCAAAUAUAGAUCUCGAUGGGAAUGUAUGUUUAAACAUACUACGUGAAGAUUGGAAGCCAGUAUUGACGAUUAACAGUGUUAUUUAUGGUUUGCAGUAUUUGUUCCUGGAACCUAAUCCAGAAGAUCCUUUGAAUAAAGAAGCUGCAGAUGUUUUGCAGAACAACAAAAGAUUGUUUGAUAUGAACGUUCAAAAAGCAAUGCGAGGUGGAGUUAUUGGCAAUACAUACUUUGAGAAGUGCUUAAAAUAACAAAAAUAGAUUUGAUCCUACUUGGACAAUGUCACAAUUACGUUUAUAUGCUACACUAAGGAUUGAUCUUUUUCGUGCAAACUUUGUAUGAAAAUAAAUAAUGUAAUACUUAUAUCAUAA